AUGAUAUUUCAGCAGCCUCAGUUCAGUCCUGUGAUAGCAGUGAGCUCAAACCAGUGGAGCACUGGAAUCUGUGGAUGCUUUGAUGACUGCAAUGUCUGCUGCUUCGCCAUAUGGUGCCCCUUCUGCUUUAUUUGUUCCACAGCAUCAGAUUUUGGGGAGUUUUGCUGUCUGCCCAUGAUUGACAAUUGUGCCUGCACCCCUCCGGUAUCUAUGGCACUGCGGGCUUCUGUGAGAAAUCGAUAUGGCAUACAGGGGGGGUUGGCAUCCGACUGCAUGUAUGUGACCUUUUGCAACAUUUGCUCCUGGUGCCAAAUAGCAAGGGAAUUAAAAAGACGACCUACAGUUCAAAUGGUGGUUAAUGCCCAGCCUGCGGUCCUAGCCAUUCCCCCAGCGGUGGUUUCCGCCCCAAAACCUGUUGUGACAACACAGGUAACCACUACAGUGGGUUAA